CCCACUUUCCCUCCUCCGCGCAGGUAUUCACUCGGGCUCCCCCCAAUCGCGCAACACUCAUUCCGGUCUAAAAAAUACCCUGCGAUACUCAGCACUCAAUCUUCUAUCUCCCCGUUAUAUUUUACCCCCGCGCAGAUGCGGCGCUCGACGCGCAUCUCGUCGCUCCCCCCGCCCGGCCAAUCCGCCUCUGCUGCGCGGUCACGUGCCGGGGUCCAAGCGGAGCUCCAGGCAUGCAUCCGCGGGCUCGAAAGCGCAUAUCUUGAGCAGCGAGACAAGCUCCGGGAGAAAUGGCGGGCCGUUGUGCGGGUCUCGUCGACGGCCGAGUGGUACGACGAGCCAUUCGGGGCCUGGGCGAUGGACAACAUCCACCUACACCUCCUCCGCGCGUCUCUCGAAGUCGAGUUUGUCGAUCUGUGGGAGGCGCCCGACACGAUGAAGAAGGCGCUCAACGGCCUCGCCUCCAGCCUGGGGCUGCCCUCGGCCUGGCACCUGUUCCUCCUGUUCGGCUCAGCCGCUGCCACGUCGGAGCGACUGCGAAAGAGCCUCCGCGCCCUCAAGAACCGGAUGGGCGAAGAAGACGCGUUGAUGGACCUGUAUCCCGCGAUACUGCGCGCGCGGAACAGGCGUCUCGGCCGCCUUGUCGAGGACGACAUGUCGGACACUCCCUUGUUUGCGCGGGCAUCAUGCGACAAGAAGGUCUUGAUCUCGCCCAACGAUGUUGACCGCGUCAAAGUUCAACAACGCACCCAAUCCGACCCAGGCCCACGAUCUGGCCCAGGCCCCCGAUCGGAUCCUGGCGAUGCCGUCUCACACGUGGACCGCACGAUUCUGAUGGCUACCGCCGAUGACGCCCGGGUGCGAGUGGCAGGCCCGUCUGUUAUCCCGACUUUGGAGACGCAUACCCUAGCCCAGCAUGUCAAAACCCCGCUCCACGGCGGCGACCCCCUCGUGUCCGAGCAAGCAGAAGGUGGCCAGGACGGGGAAGAUUAG